AUGACUUUUUUCAACCUUCCUCUCUCCGCUGAUAUUGCUGUUUUCUCCAGCAUUGUCUUCGCCUGCCUAUUUCUCCUCAUUUCCGGCAUCCUUCUCGCUGCUUAUUGCCUCCACAAGCAUCGAGCUCGCCGUGAACGAGUCACUCGACCGAUUCCUCAAAUUUUCUCAGUCUCGGGAGCUCCAUCGAUGAUGUCUGCAAUUUCCACUUCCACACCAAAGACAAAGCGAAAUCGAAACAACUCCUGCUUCGUUCAUUGCCCCUCUCCUAACAACACCCCGACCAAACCCGCUUCCGCUUUCGGAACUAUUAACCCAGCAUUCCAAGACGAUUUUGUUUCUGUCAUCGUUGAUUUUUAA